AUGCGGCGGCCAGCACGGGCGGCUGCCCGGGGCCCAACACAGGGACCGGACGUCAGAGGCCCCCGGACCGUCGGGCCUGCCGGGCUCUCGGGCUCGCAGCGGCCGGUGGGAAUCCCGGACCCUGCAGCGCCCCGAGGGGGACAGUCCGCGGAGGGAGGACGACCCCGCGGCCGCAGACGCGCGUCUUCUCUGAAUCUUCACGCUGCGCUCGCCUGUGCCAGCGCGGUCGGACCUCCCGAAGGACAGCGGGGGCCGCCGGGGCCGGCCGCGGGCCGCCCGCUCUCCGUUCCCGCGAGAGCGGACGGUCCAGGGGAGACGCAGGCGUCACCGGCCCCGGGAGGACCGUCCCCGCGAGGACCGUCCCCGCCGGCCAGGGACAGGUCUAGAGCGCGCGGCCCGUGCGCCCAGGAAGGCCGCCUCCUCCGGGCGGGAACCGGGAGCCGCCGGGCCGCGGCGCUGCGAGGAGGGUCGGAGGCCGCUGCCGCGGAGGAAGGGGGUAACUUGGCUCGGCCGGACCCCGACCUGCCCUCUCUUGGCCCCUUGACCUCCCCGCCGGACGGGAGCCCGAGCACAGCCCGACGAAGGUCCCCGCAUUCCGCCGCCCCACACGCGCCGCUCCUCCCGACCGGGCCGGCGCGGGGAGGCUCUCCCGGACCGCGCAGCGCCGCGGACCCCGCGGUAAGUCACCGCGCCGCUGCCCCACGGACCCCGCGGUGGUCACCGCGCCGCUGCCCCACGGACCCCGCGGUGGUCACCGCGCCGCUGCCCCACGGACCCCGCGGUGGUCACCGCGCCGCUGCCCCCACCGACCCCGGGUGGUCACCGCGCCGCUGCCCCGAGCCGCUGCCCCACGCCCGCCGGCCCCGCAGCACAGCGGGUUCUCUCCUGGCGGACCUCGGGGAAAGGCCUUUGCAGCGGGUUUCCUAAGAGCGCAAAGAUCAAACCCAAAAUCCACUCUAGUGAUAUUUGUAGAAAGGCAGACCUGGGGCGCCGGGGCGGGGCGUGGGGGGAGCCUCUGCGGGGAAAAGGCUGCCUUUGGCUCAGGUCAGGGUCCUGGGGUCCCUGGAUGAGCCGUGCUCGGUGCGGAGCCUGCUGCUCCCCCUGCUUGUGCUCUCGCCCCCUCUCUCUCU